AUGGGGUCUAACCAGCAGAAGCACAAGCUCAUCAAUCCUCUCACGCGAUAUGAGGACUUCAAAUUUGAAUUGCCACCCAACACUUUCCCGAAGCAAGUUCUCCAGACCAGCUACAAGCAUCCGCCCGACUGCGGCGAGAAGAGCUAUGUCGCCAGCGGCCGCCUUAAGGGUCGGCAUGCGCUUGUCACAGGUGGGGACUCGGGAAUAGGACGGGCAGUAGUCAUCGCCUUUGCACGAGAGGGUGCUAAAGUUGCCAUCAGUUACCUGCCAGAAGAGGAGCCCGAUGCUGAAGCCCUGGCCGAUUUCCUGGCAAAGGACCCUCGUGUCGAGCAUGAGCUGAUCCGAAUUCCUGGAGACCUGAGCAGCCAGAACUUCUGUCACCAGCUCGUCAACACGGCUCACAGGAAGCUGGGAUCUCUGGACCUGAUCGUUAGUAACGCUGGUACCGUCGGUCCGGUGGGUGAGACUGUAGCGGAAAUGUCUCCAGAGACAUGGGACCACAUUAUGAAGGUCAAUCUCUAUGCAUUCUUCCACAUCAUCCAGGCUGCCGUGCCGCUAUUGCCUCCAGGGUCCUCCAUUGUUGUCACCGACUCGGUCGCGGGCCUGAUCUCAGUCCAGGGCUCUGUUGCUUACGCGGCCUCCAAGGCCGCGCUGCGGAGCCUGAUCAGCGGCGUGUCGGCCGAGGUCAUCAAGCAAGGCAUCCGCGUCAACGGAGUCGCGCCCGGCUACACGUACACGCCUCUUCUUGUCUUUGGCGGCCUGACUCUUGAGGAUCUCAACACACAGGUCCCCACGUUGGAGCCGAUUGGCAGGGUGCAGCAGCCGGCCGAGCUUGCGCCGGUUUCCAAUGGCACCACCAGACAGAGGUCUCUACUGGACCCAGAGAUGUCGAACUCACAGAUUCUUCUUUUUUCCCAGCCGCGUACAGGAUGUCACUUGCUGGAGCGCAUCCUUACGUCAAAGCAAGACAACGCACGGCUUCUGGCACACCCUGCGCAGCUGUCAGUUCAACCACUUACUAAAUGGACGGAGUCUGAUUCGUUUUUGGACGGGAUGCCGGAUGAUAUUCUGGUGGAAUACAAAGACCAUGUCGAACAGGGCAGCAUAAUCUGGGAAGAGACGCUGCAAAAUACGAAAGAAGAGGGCAAGAUUCUUUUCAUGCAUACGCAUCCCUUCUUUAUUAUUUCACCAGACCGCCUACUCGCUUCCGUCACUACCCCAGGAGCAUUUCAAACAGACGGCCGCAAAACAUCCCUUGUCCCGGAGAGCCUCCUCCUUCACCCAGGCACUAUACCGUUGUUCACGGUCCGUCAUCCAAUUCUCUACGUGCCAUCCGUGUUCCGCGCCCUUAAAAAGGCGGAAAUAGGGAGCACACGAGCUACCUUAAUGAUCGGGAGCAACCUCGGCUUCAGCCGCGAGAUAUACGACUGGUUCGUGGCAAACGGCGUCGAGCCGGUAGUCGCGGAAGCGGAUGAUUACAUGACAAGUGCGGAAUUCAGCUUGCGCCUCGCGGAAAAAGUUGGCCUUGACCCGGCGUCGGUGGCCGUCAGCUGGCCGAGAACGACGGAGGACGAGCAGAAGCUAAUGCACCCGACAUUGCUCCGCAUGCAGGAGUUGCUGGUCAAGUCUCAAGGCCUGGACCCGAGCCGUGCCGCCGGGAACGCGGAUUUUACAGAAGAGCGGACGCGUUGGAAAGAGGAAUUCAGUGAGGAGGAAGUCAAGUUGAUUGAAGAGAUAAUUGUUCAUGUAACGCCCCAUUACGAGUACUUGCAAGCGCGUCGUUUUAUACCUAGUAGCUAUAACUGA